CCUGUUACCGCCCGGACAGGGAAGAGGAGGAGGUGUGGCAACCCGGAACCGGAAAGGGCUGAGGAGGGAGUGGAGAAGUCCAGAGAAGUUUGAGGGAAAUAAUUAAAAGUAAACCGGCACCGGAGGGGACGCUUUUCUGUAUUGCUUAAUUGUUAAACACUCGCUCUCCUCUGGCGGGCAGCAAACUUCUGCCGGAAUUUAACACUGCACAUGAGUGCUAUUUUGCCCACGCACAGCCAAUCGCGAGCGGGAAGGAGCCGUCAAUCUCCCUGGUCGGAUGAGAACGAAGAGAUUGAAUUUCUCCACCUCUUAGGUUAAUUCUCCAGGUAUCCUCUAUUUAAGUGGCACAGUGCACUACUGGCAACUAGCUAAGAACAUUGGGUCUGACCCAUUCUAGAAAUAAUGUCUGAUAACGGGGAACUUGAAGAUAAGCCACCAGCUCCUCCGGUACGAGUGACCAGUACAGAUUUUAGGUCUGGAACAAAAGACCCACUUUCAAGCAACCAUAAUCUAAAACCUCUUCCCUUGAUUCCUGAAGAACGAAAAGCAAGGAACAAAAUAAUAUCCAUGUUUUCUGGCACAGAAAAAGGGAGCAAGAAAAAACCAGAACGUCCUGAAAUUUCCCCGCCAUCAGACUUUGAACACACUAUCCAUGUGGGCUUUGAUUCUGUAACUGGAGAAUUCACUGGAAUGCCAGAACAGUGGGCACGUCUGCUGCAGACCUCAAAUAUUACUAAGCUUGAGCAGAAAAAGAAUCCUCAGGCUGUGCUCGAUGUGCUAAAAUUCUAUGAUUCUAAGGACACGGCCAGGCAGAAAUAUCUCAGCUUCUCUGCCCCAGACAAAGAUGGAAUCCCCUCCGGUGUAUCGUCUACACCAAAUGCGAAAGGCACUGAAUCCUCAGCAGCAGCUUCAGAUGAUGACGAUAAUGAGACCCCUCCCCCUAUUGUUGCACCACGUCCUGAACACACAAAAUCAAUGUACACACGUUCUGUGAUUGACCCAAUACCACCUCCUGCUGGCGAUGCAGACAGUGCAACAAAGAAUGCAGACAGGCAGAAAAAAAAGACCAAGAUGAGUGAUGAAGAAAUCAUGGAGAGACUGAGAACUAUAGUAAGCAUAGGAGAUCCAAAGAAAAAAUACACCAGAUAUGAAAAGAUUGGGCAGGGAGCUUCUGGAACAGUCUUCACAGCUAUUGAUGUAGCAACUGGUCAAGAGGUUGCAAUAAAACAGAUAAAUCUACAGAAGCAGCCCAAGAAAGAGCUUAUUAUUAAUGAAAUCCUUGUGAUGAAAGAACUCAAGAAUCCAAAUAUUGUGAAUUUUUUGGACAGUUUCCUAGUGGGGGAUGAAUUGUUUGUGGUGAUGGAAUAUUUGGCUGGGGGGUCUCUCACAGAUGUGGUCACUGAAACCUGCAUGGAUGAGGCACAAAUAGCAGCCGUCUGCAGAGAGUGUUUGCAAGCUUUGGAAUUCCUACAUGCCAACCAGGUUAUCCACAGAGACAUAAAGAGUGACAAUGUUCUUCUAGGCAUGGAUGGUUCCGUGAAGUUAACUGAUUUUGGUUUUUGUGCCCAGAUUACCCCAGAACAGAGCAAGCGCAGCACAAUGGUUGGAACACCUUACUGGAUGGCUCCUGAGGUUGUUACAAGAAAAGCAUAUGGUCCUAAGGUAGACAUCUGGUCCUUGGGUAUCAUGGCCAUUGAAAUGGUGGAAGGAGAGCCACCUUACCUCAAUGAAAACCCAUUGAGGGCUCUAUAUUUGAUUGCUACAAAUGGCACACCAGAACUUCAGAGUCCAGAAAAACUAUCCCCAAUCUUCCGAGAUUUUCUGAACCGUUCUCUGGAGAUGGAUGUAGAAAAAAGAGGAUCAGCCAGAGAGCUGCUACAGCAUCCGUUCCUGAAACUUGCAAAACCACUAUCUAGCCUAACGCCUCUAAUUCUGGCUGCAAAAGAAGCAAUGAAAGGAAACCGCUAACAGAAAAUUUGCCAACCAUUUCACCAGUGGCCUCAUUGUUACUCCCCCUACACCUUCUUACGCCCUUAAAAUUCUAAAAGUGCCACUCCUACCAAAGUCGUAGGGCAACCAAGACAGCAGAAUCAACUACGUCCUGUGAAGAAACAGACUCAAAAUCAAAUUUUCCCCUUGCCAAGGGGUGUAAAGUACUGAAAGGAGACGGCACACCAAGUGCAUCUUCCUUCAAGAAAAUAAGAAUAAACUAUAUAUGUGGCCUUUCUGAAUCCCUGUGAUUUAGGGAUUCAACUGCAUUAUGGGGAUUCCUUUUUUAUUAUCUUGUCCUUUCGUCUUCGUGUGAGGGCAAUGCUCUUGUUUUCUGGCCUUAUCUUGAUACUUGAAUAACUUGCACGUAUUGGUGGCAGAGCUAGUAUUUUCUGACUCUGUGCUGGCUCUUCGGGUUCUACACACUGUCCAUGUAUCUGGAUCUCACAUUGUUUCUGAAUAAAAUUGUCUCUUUUUUUUUUAUACUCCGCCUUAUUCCAGAAGCAAUGACCACCUACCUCCCACCACCACCUUUAAUAAAUUUUAUGCCUAAGGUGCCAGGAAUGCAUUGCUCUGCAGUGCAUCACUAGUUCAUCUUUAAAUUCUAAAAGUUUAAUUGGAUGUUACUUUUCAAUCCUUAUUUUUUUUUUUUUUUGUUUCUCUUCUAUAAAUCUGUUUAUUCUGCAGUAAAGAAAUGGCUGAAGGACAUUGCUGGUAAUUUGUAUGCUAAAAUGAAACAAGCUACAUUAUGAAUGUGCAUAGAACAGGUGAAAUGUUGUCCUACAUGAAAAGCCAGUUUUUUCAUGCGUCCUUAAAGGGAGUUUUUUUGUCAUUAUUCAACAGAUUUUAGAUUACCUUUUUAUAUUCUCCUGAGGGUACACUCUUUUCUGUGCUUGUCCAACAUAAUUAACAAAAAAUGCCAUACUGAAAACAUUGUAUGUUACAUCCUUGACAUUCUCUUCAGUGGGUUCAACAACUUUAUCAGUCUUCUACAAUUGAAGAAAAUGUUCUUCAUGAUUUCAGUUAAGAUACACUGUGGUUUGUGUCAUUAGAGUCUGUUUGAAAUGAACAUACAGCUAUUUUUAUGAGCAUGACACUUGUCCUUGAAAACACAAUACAAACUCAUUGGAGAAUAUAAUCGGAAAUGUGAAAUCUCCAAACCAAUACUGUUUUUGUUCUGUAGUUUAUUUAAAAAGAAUAUCACACAUGCAGUAAUAGAAUGUAAAAGUGAAAUUGUAGCAACAUUUACAUGAUAAAUAUCUAUUUUUCUCAAUCAUUGUGAAGUCUUCAUCAGAUUAUAGUAAAGGAUAUCUGACUCAGAUUUGGUUUUAUAGAAGGGUUCUAGAAUUCCAGUAUUUGUGACUAUUCUACACCUGUUCUCUGUAUACUUAUGUAAUUUAGUCUUGAAGUGAAUGUAAAGUCUUAUCUAAAAAUACUCCUAAAAACAGGGGCACUUUCAUUCUUUAAACUUUGCAUCUUUAUGGAAAGCAGACCGGCGAACCUCCGCCCGCAGCUCCUACUGUAGUUAGCAGAUCAAUGACUAAUCCGGCUUCCUCCAAAAGUUGCGCGGCCCCUUUGGCGUCCAGAUCGUGAGGCACGCAACGAUUGGUGGAAGCCGGAUUAGUCAUUGAUCUCCUAACUACAACAGGAGAAGAGGGCGGAGGAUUGUGAAUCUGUUUUCAAUAAAGAAAGGUAAGUAUUUUAAAAAAGAAGCUUUAAUGUAAAGUUUAAUGAAUUAAAGUGCACCUGUUUUUAAGUUAAUUUUCAAUACUGGGCACUUAGUCAUUAAACUUUACAUUCACUUUAAUAUGUGUAAUUUUGCUGUAGUAUUUUGAUUAUUUUGUUUUGUUUAAAUGCAGUUCUAAAAAAACAACUCCAGUAAAUUGCUAAGUAAACUUGGAGACUAGUUUUUCUACUCAUUCUCUACAAGCCAUUUAAUUUGCAUUUACCGAAUGUUGCCUUCUUUAUAUGCCUUACAAAAGGGAACGUUAGUACCAUAUUUAGUAUUAAUUCUUGUUCUUGUGGUGUUGCUUCUGACUUUAUCUCAUUGGUGAUAACCGUACACAAGAGACUAGGUGUGUAAAUGUAGACAUUUUUCAAUGGUUAUAAAUUUAGUUUUAUGAGACUAUAAAUGGACGGUGGUGAAAAAUCCCUAGAUUCUUUUCUUAUCUUUUCUGAUAUUCAUUUCUUGUCUUCCAUCUUAUAGUGUUUUCUUGAGGCAAUAAAACAAGUAUUACAUUACAGUUUGUAAUAUAUGCUGAAGAUUUACAGAGUACAUUAUACAUAUCCAGGCACUUCAGGCGCUUCAGCAGUUGGAUGUUUAAAACAUAUCUGCUUUAAUGACAUACAUUGAUUAUUGUUGUAGGUGACAGUCCUAUGACUUCUCUUUGUAUUUUUAAGGCCAAACCCUCAGCAUUCAUAUAUAAAGCAGCCGCUGCCUUGGGUACAUUAAAUUGUUGCCUUAGUCUUACUUCUGCUCAUGACUGUUACUACUUAAUGUUUUAUUUGUGGCAUAUUUUCUUAUUUUUUGUCAGAUUAAUUUCUUUGAUCAGAUACCUGUCUUGUUUUGAGCCUGUGGUGUUAGGAUACAUAUUAUAUGUAAUUGUUUAAUUUCUAGAAACAGUUUAGACACAGCUGUAUGCAGAGAUAAUUAUCUGUUCCUUAUGAUCUCUUAGGUUUAAGGUUCCUGCUUUCCAAAAAACGUGCCUCUCCUUUUGUAUCUACUACACAACAGUGUAGUCCAUACACACUUCAAAUACAGAGUAUGGUAUAAUAAGUUUGAGAUAUGGAGCUUAACUAGUGUAGAUGUAAAUCAUUAUUUCAUAAAAUAUUAUUAUUGGUAGAAGUAUUCUUAAAUUCCUUACCAUGUAUAUUAGAAGUAAUUUACUGCUUGUAUAAGCUGAAGAACUGGGUAUUGAAUUGUGUUUUGGGUUCAGACUUUUUUAGUUGACUGAUUCAAACCAGAUUUGCAAAAAUACUACACUUUUUAAAGUUGCAAUAGUAUUAAACUUCUAAAAUUUCUAGAACAUCCAUGCAAACUAGUAUCAGGUAUUAUUUUGCAAGAAUAUUUUGUAUUUCAUUGAUCAAGUCAACAGAGAACUUACAUUUUUAUGAUCCACAAUUACUGUUGUAAAGAAAAACACAGGUUGUUUUCUACAAGUUGAAACCAUAAUAUAUAUAUAUAUAUAUAUAUAUAUAUAUAUAUAUAUAUAUAUAUAUAUAUAUAUACUACACAAUCUCAUUAAAAAUUUUAAUUGAGAUGCUGAUAUCAAAAGGAAAACGUUUGUGGUUAUAAAAUGAAAGUCAGCUUGCAAAAUUAUCUGCUAUUUGCUUAACCUUUUGGGUGUGAAUAUUGUGUCAAUAUUAUUGACUUGUGCAAGGAAUAUCAUUUAUUGAUGUUGAAAAACAUAGUGUGCUUAAUUGAGUGCAUCUGGUUCUUUGUAAGGUUUUAGUCACAUAUGACCACAUACAAGCAAAACCUAUCUAAACAUAUUUGCCUUCAGUGAAGAUUAGUUUUUGUAUUAAAAUUGGGUAGCAUGUCUCGUAAAAUUAUAGCUUUCAAAAUAUUGGAUUAUUUUUAAGUCCUUUUUAAUUUACUGUGGUUUGGUCCCGAAAGCACAUUUUAAUGGUGGAAAGUACCCCAUUGAAGAUACUGUGCAUUGUUGGCUAUAUUCUGUUUGGAAAGCAUAUUUUAGACUCUUUCACUAACCAGCAUUACAAUUUGAAGUGUUCUAGAGAAAAAUAUGGUUACUUUAACAUAAGGGAUAUUACCAUGAACCUUUCAAGUGAUUGUCUAUUUUUUUUAGGUUAGGAAUUGUUUUCCCAUUGCAAUUUCAGGUUUAGUUUAGACAGCACUGGUUACAACAGAAAUAUGUUCUGAUUAGCCCAAUGGACCAUGUCUAUAUGCAGCCUAAAAUGUAGUUUGAAAAUGUUAUUGUGCUUUUACUUUACCAGAUUGUAUUUCAGCAACAGCCCACAUGGUUUUCAAUUGUCCAUAUAAAGAUAAUACUCUCAAAAUUAUAUUUGGCCACAGAUAGUCUUUGCAUGCCAAUGUUAUGUUUUGUUGUUUUUGUUUUUUCUUGAAUAUUUUUUUAAAAACUGUUAUCCCUUCUGUCUAAUUUAAUCCCUUCCUUUUAUUUAAUUGUUAAUUUGUUGCGGCAAUAACUACUGAAUCAUUUGUGUGCGUCAUCUUGGCUUUAAAUAAAACAUUUUGGUUGUUUUUAUUUUAA